GGCGUCCUCAUUAGCGCUUUUUCUGUCUCCGCUGUCUUGUUCUUGAACAUCGUUCUCACCAUCAUCGCUGUUUCCAUGUCUUAUCAGAAGUUUGGAGGUCGGGACUUUAGCUCUUCCAUACUUUACCAGGGAAAGUGCUCCAUUUCAGGGAACUGGGCGCGCGGCUUGCAUUUGUUGAUUAAUAUUCUCGGCACAAUCAUGCUGGCAGCGAGUAAUUACUGUAUGCAGUGUCUAUGUUCGCCAUCUCGCCAGGACAUUGAAGGUGCCCACGCCCAGCGAAAAUGGCUUAACAUUGGUGUGUCCAGCAUAAAGAAUUUCCGUUUUGUUGACCGGAGGAGAGUUGUGUUAUGGAUAGUGCUAUUGUUGUCUUCUCUCCCGAUUCAUUUAUUGUACAAUUCUACUGUGUUUUCUGCCCUGGGUACACGCGAAUAUGGCGUCCUGCUUGCAUCCGCGAACUUUGACUUCAACAACCCACCAAAUCAUGACCAUGCAGGUUGCUUUGAACAGAAUAUUUCGAUGAACAUGUCCACUUUCUAUUCUGAGGUACCAAACUUCGAAAGACUCGAUACACAGAAAUGCAUCGAUACCUAUGCUUCCGACUACAUUGUAGAUCGAGGAACUCUCAUUCUGGUUACUAAUGAUAUGACUGCGGACAAUAACUCCUUGCGCUGGGUCAGCAUGGGAAAUUCGCCCCAACGGUACUCGUCGUAUUCUUUUUUGUGGAUGUGCCAGAAUGCUGCGAUAGAGAAUACGGCAGCUACAUGUGCGUUGGACUCAGUUAGGGCUGACUCACUCUCCGCGCUCUCGGUCGACUAUUGCUUAAGUCAAAAAGUCGAAGAGGAAUGUCAUCUACUAUUUAGUCUUCCAAUAUGCAUCGUCAUCAUCCUAUGCAACGCCAUCAAGAUUGUCUGCAUGUUCAUGACAGCUCGUGACACUAGAAAGGAGGUUUUUCUCACAGUUGGGGACGCCGUAUCGUCCUUCCUCAGCAGACCCGACACAACCACUGAGGGCAACUGUUUGUUGCCAAAGGAACUUGUUUCAAUGGGUCGGGAUUCAUGGACACGAUCAUCCAAGCCUGCGAAACUUCAGCCCGAUAAAAAACGAUGGAAAGACGCUGUGGGCAGUCUAUACUUCGCGGUGAUAAUCUUAUUCGUCAUGACGUUAAGAGCUAAAGGCCAAUCUAUUAAGCCUGCAGAGCUCUGGAAGCUGGGUUUUGGCAGCAUCGCCUCAUCUUCAAUAAUCAAGUUUUGCGACAAUCCUAGCAAUUGCUCGGGGACUAUAUCCAUAGCCCUCCUUGCAAAUAUCCCGCAAAUCAUUCUUUCAAGUGCAUAUUUUCUCUACAACAACAUGUUAACCGCCAUGCUUCUUGCCGCCGAGUACAAUGAUUACGCCAUAGAACGCAAGCCACUGCGCGUCUCCUGGGCAAAGGGGCUCCAGCGCUCGACUUAUUACCUCAGUCUUCCAUACCGAUACAGUAUCCCACUGAUGAUCUGCAACACAAUACUACACUGGCUUGUGUCCCAGAGCUUCUUUUUCGUGGAAGUCGUGUUGUAUGACAUGGCCGGGAGGCUUACCACAGAACGUCUGAUUGCAUGUGGUUAUUCACCAAUCGCACUUAUGGUCGCCAUACUUCUUGGGUUUGUGAUGGUGUGCACGAUUCUAGGGAUGGGUCUUAAGCAUUUCAGAACCAAUAUGCCUCUUGCUGUCAGUUGCAGUGCAGCGAUUAGCGCUGCGUGUCACCCCCC